ACCACGCCAACGGCAGAGAAUAAGAGCGCCAAUGUCUCCCUUGUCGCAGUCUCGUUCUGCAGACCGUUCUCUUGCCUCCUCCACAGCUCCCGGAUAGCUUCACUCGCUUUUCCAUUUGCCUACAUCAUCGCAAUUGGCCCGGCCCCUCCAAGACGCAGCUACGCGCCCCGCCAAACCUCGGACAUGAUCCAGCACACCUCCUGCAGCUCGCCCACCAUGAGCGCCCCAAAGCUCAAGGAAGUCAACGUGUCGCUUCCGCGCAAGUUCGACACCCCCGACGAGCCAUGGCAUCGCUAUGUUACCGUCGACCUGCUCCACUAUGUGCUGGGCUACACCGUCUUCCAUCCCUUUGUGUCGUGCGUGCUCGUUCUAUGUUUGCGCGCGCAGUACACGGCGUGGCACGCGCUUGAGAUGCGCAUUGCAAUCGCAUGGGCCUUGCUCAUGUGCUCGGUUGGCAUCUUCAACAUCUUCAGCGACAGGCUCGCGUACGGUGCGCCGAGGGAGGUUGAUCUGAGCGAGGAGGUUAUUGUAGUCACGGGCGGCGUGGAAGGCUUGGGUGGCCUGCUAGCCGAGACGUACGGCAUGCGCAACGCCAACGUGGCUGUUUUGGACAUGAAGAAGGUAGACGACGAAGAGGCCGAGGAGAAGGGCGUGCUCUACUACCAGUGCGACGUGGGCGAUGCGAAGCAGGUCGAGGCGGCUGUUGCUGAGAUUGUGGAAGACCUCGGUGCCCCAACUAUCCUCAUCAACAACGCUGGCAUGGUCCGCGCAAAGUCGAUCCUCGAUUCCACCCCCGAAGAUGUCGAGCAGACCUUCCGCACAAACACCCUCUCGCACUUCAAUACCCUCCGCGCCGUUCUCCCUCAUAUGCUCCGCGAACGCCGCGGAACCAUCGUAACCGUCUCCUCAGUCCUCGGCCGCCUCGGCGCCGCCAAUCUUUCCUCCUACAGCGCCUCUAAAGCCGCGCUCCUCGCUCUCCACCAAUCUCUCCGCGCCGAGCUCUCCCAGAACCCAGAUGCCAAGGAGAUCAAGACCAUACUCGUCACGCCGGGCCAGAUGGGCACGAAGAUGUUCCAGAACCUCAAGACGCCGAGCAACUUCUUCGGUCCGGUCGUCUCCCCGGCUGAGGUCGCGAAGAGCAUAAUCGGACUGGUUGAGAAAGGCGAGAGCGGCGAGGUAGCGCUGCCGUUGUACGCAAAGUACACAGAGAGCCUGGGCGCGCUUCCAGUGGGCAUACAGGCGUUGUUGAGAAGGUGGAGCGCGAUGGACACUGCGGUCGAGAAGGCGGGCAUGGUUGAGAAGAAGCAGAAUUGAGGAGCUAUGAUACCCCGAUCAGGCAGGAGAAGGAGCUGGUGGAAAACGUUGGCGUCGAACGCGGACCAAGGUCAGGGGCCUGCGCAUGAUGAAUGUUUAUUGUAUAGUUGCUGUAUGCUGAAUCGCGGAAUGACGGGCUUUCGGCCUCGCCAACGAGAGGCUCAAUAGCCAUUCCAACCUUAUUUCUGUACGUUGUGUUGCGCCUGGUCACACUUGCACCGACGGGCCAUGUUGGUGCAACGC